AAUGUGUCGAAAUGAUGUAUUGAUUUUUUGGAUCGACCUGAAAGAGAAAGAAGGAGAAAUGAAGAAGAGUUUUGGGCUAGGAUUGGAUCCUAACUGUUAAGUCCUAUCGUAGUUUUAAAGCCUUCUUAUUGAAUAAUGUUCCUGGGGCGAGUGGACACAACUUGGAUUAUCAAAAGAAUCGAAUGGACAAAAUUUAGAGGAUAACAACUGA